AUGAGAUUCGGAACGCAGCAAUCCGAUGCAGCCCACAAUCGAGGGAAUGUGCACAUCUGCGUCAAACAUGUCGAUGACCUCGACUACCUGCACGACAUGCGGCGAUUUGCGUUGCACUGGCGCUGCCACGCCGCAGUUGAAGGGGAGCCAGCGUCAGCCGCUGCCGAGCGAACACGUCGAGCGUACAGCGCCAUGAUGAAGCACGGUACCGGAGGCCCCCGCUUCGACCAGCUGCGCCGGAACUACCAGAUAGCCUUGUCCGAAGCACGUGCUGCCGAACUCCGUGAGGCCGACAUCGUGUUUACCACAUGCGUGUCCUGCCGCCGCAUGGCCGUGGCUCAGGCGCUGGCUGAGGAGGGAGCUCCCGUCUUCUGGCAGGUGAUCGUUGAUGAGGCAGGUCAAGCCACGGAGCCGGAAGCGCUGUGCCCAUUGACCUUCGCGAAGAGUGCCCAGCAAAUUUGCCUUUUCGGUGAUCACCAGCAGCUUCGUCCCAUCCUCAAGAGCCAGCUGACGGAGGGAGCUGGGCUGGCGAUUUCUUUGUUCGAGCGGCUGGUGCUCCAAGGGAAUGCGCUGCAGUUCUUGGCGCUGCAAUACCGAAUGAACCCUGGCAUCAGCUGGUUCCCUUCGCAUCAGUUCUACGGAGGCCGUUUGCUGGACGACGUCUUUGUGCAGGAGCAGCCCCCGGGACUUCUCGAGCAUCCGGCGCAGGCCAAACGUUCAGUGCCCAUGUUCGCUUGGGAAGUCGAUGCCGUCGGUGCAGCAUCAGGUGAGCGGGUCAGCCACACUCGUACCGUCGACAACAGCGCUGGGUCGCGCAUGCAUGCCGGUGAGGCUCAGAGUGCUGCACGCUUGGCCGAGCAGUUGGCAAAGAUCGCAGGCCCUGCUUCGGUCGGCAUCCUCUGCUGGUACCGGGCGCAAGUUGCGGCAAUUUCGGAGGAGUUGUGCUAUCCAGGAAUCCAUGUGGGAAGCGUCGCCACGGCACAGGGCAGCGAAUGGGACUACGUCUUGCUGAGCACAGUCAGGCGCGGCGGCGCAGCUGUGAAAGGACGCCUUGGAAUCGUCGCGGACCCGCACAUUCUCAAUGUUGCCCUGACGCGUGCUCGACGCGGCCUCGUCGUCCUCGGCCACGAAGCUAC